AUGUCAAGAACUAUAUUUAACACCAUUGAACUACUGCCACCGGAUGCACUAUUCGGAAUCAAACAGAGAUACAACGCCGAUGAGAGAAAGGAUAAAGUCGAUCUAGGUAUCGGAGCCUACAGAGACAACCAAGGUAAACCAUGGGUCCUACCAAGCGUGAAGUCUGCCGAAUUAGCCAUCCAUGCGGACCCAAAUUACAACCACGAAUAUUUAAACAUUACCGGGUUGAACGCAUUGACCUCCGGUGCAGCAAACAUCAUAUUCGGUCCAGAUUCUGAUGCCAUAAAGAACGAAAGAAUCGUCUCCACUCAAUCCAUCUCAGGAACUGGUGCCCUUCAUAUUGCCGCUAAAUUUCUAUCUAAAUUCUUCCCUGAAAGGAAAAUCUAUCUAAGUGACCCCACUUGGGCAAACCAUCAGGCAAUCUUUCAAGCACAGGGAUUAGUUACCAACACAUACCCAUAUUGGGACAAUGAGACCAAAUCAUUGGAUUUAAAUGGAUUUGAAAGGUCUAUUGAAGUGGCUCCGGAGGGAUCAGUGUUCGUACUCCAUGCCUGUGCACAUAAUCCAACAGGUUUGGACCCAACAAAGGAACAAUGGGAAACUAUCUUAGAAAGAAUAGCAUAUAAGGGACACUUGGCUCUUUUCGAUUCUGCAUAUCAAGGGUUCGCAUCUGGUGAUUUGAACAAAGAUGCUUAUUCCAUUCGCCUUGGUGUGGAAAAAUUGAAACGUGUGGCACCAAUCCUGGUUUGUCAAAGUUUUGCUAAGAACGUUGGGAUGUAUGGAGAAAGAGUCGGGUGCUUCCAUAUUGUACUACCUGAACAAGAUACCAAAGAGGAAUUGACUACGGUGAAGAAGGCCUUGAGUUCGCAAUUAUCCAAGAUUAUUAGAUCCGAAGUGUCUAAUCCACCUGCAUAUGGUGCAAAGAUUGUCGCCACGAUCUUAAAUUCAGAUGAACUACGUGCCCAAUGGUACAAGGAUAUGAUUACAAUGUCUUCAAGAAUUAUGGAAAUGAGAGUUACUUUGAGAGAUAGAUUAAAUGAAUUGGGGACUCCAGGUACAUGGGAUCAUAUUGUGGAACAAACUGGUAUGUUCUCAUUCACUGGUUUGACAAGUGAGAUGGUUGCAAGAUUGGAAAAGGAACAUAGCAUUUACAUGGUUUCUUCUGGUAGAGCAUCAAUUGCUGGAUUAAAUAAAUUAAAUGUUGACCGUGUGGCUCAAUCUAUUGAUGAAGUGGUCCGUCAUUUCACCAAUGAAUCCAAAUUAUAG